UUUUUUUUUCUUUUGAGAUUAUCCACACAUGGGACUGUGUAUAGCGUAGUCCGGGAACAUGAUUUUAACUUUGCACACUCUUUGUUGGAGUAUAUAUUUUCUUUCGAGCCCCCAAGCACUCGGGCUUGACGGUCAUUUCUUGCCAAGAGAGGUACGUAUUUUAUAACGUCCUUUAAUCAUGUUUGGGGUCGUGCUCGUAUAUGCGAGUGACCUUUAUAGUGGUAUGCUAUUUUGACGAAGUCGUGGAGUGCGACUUCAGUUUCCGGGCGACAAAGUUUAUUUUCCAAUAAUAUCCGGUUUAGCUUGGCCCGGAUUAAUCUUUUGACAAACAAACAUUUUUCAUUUUGAGAAACCAACGACUUAACAAUAUUUUUUUGGUGUUUCGAAGAAUGACCUUGAUAUUUAUUUUGCUCAUAUUUGUUUUGAAAAGUGUACACAUAUAUUCCUUGAGACGAGUUUUCGACCAAGUCUUAACAUUCAUUUUCACUAUUUGGGUGCUAAAGGUGCUUUUGGGCUUUGAUCUUGAUUGCAAUAGGGCCUCGUGUCUACCAACACGGUUUUAAGUCCUUUCCUGUUCCGCGUUUUGUGAAAUCCGGGCAUUGGGCUGCAUUUUCAGCGCCCAAGGCUAGGCGUUAAUCAUUUUGGCGCCCAGCCGUGGGCGCUGAAAGUCUUUUCCUGACGAUUUUUGGCUUUCGGAUUUCUUAGCGCGUUUCCAAAUGGGAUCAGGAUGUCAUUUGAUGUCUUCAGCUAUAUAUAGGGGUUAGAUACGUCCCUCUUUUCCAUCACUCUUAAUCUUCUUCUCUCUUGUAGUUGCUUAGCUUUAAUUCCUCCUUGCUUUUGUAAUGUCGAUUCCUCCCUUCUCCCUCCAACGAGCUGUGAGGCGCUGGCUAAGAACCCUUACUCCUACAGAAAAGGCUUUGUUGAAAGAAUACCACUUAGAGGCACUUUUAGGCUUACAACAAAUUAAUAUUGACUAUAACUUUCUGCAUGCUGCCCUGAGCUUUUGGGAUUCCGAUCAUCAUGUUUUUGUCUUUCGGGGCAAUGAAAUAUGUCCUUUGCCAGACGACUUUGCUGCGAUCCUUGGUUAUCCUACUAAUGCUACUCCCGCCACCCCUGGCACCAUUGAAGAGGGUAAGACAACCAUAGGGGCUUUCCUAGGACUAGAUGCUAACAUGCUUGCCGAGUUUGUUGUAGGUGAUGAGGUUGUUUUGGCAAAGCUUGUAAAACAUCACUUUAGGCCUAGUAAAAAUAUGACCGAACAUAAAUUGAACAUUCGAGCCCUUGUAUUUUGUUUGUUGAAUCAUUAUUUGCUGUCGAAUAACAAUGGUGAGUUCGGUGACAUAAGGUUGAUCCCCUUGAUUAGCCAGAUGGAAAGUUGCUAUUCUAUUAUGCCGUUGGUUGUUGCCAAGACUUUGCUGAGUGCGGAUGAGUUGAAGAAGAAUGCCAAAUCUGAAUAUUUUAAGGGAAGCCCCCUAUUGCUGCAGAUUUGGCUCAUGGAACGACUUAGGCUUUUAGAAACUCCUGCCGAUCCUAAACAUUAUCGCCCUAUAGCCUUGGGUAACCGAAAGUAUUUGCACCGAGCCCAGGACGAGGCCGAGUGGGCUUCCUUUUUUACUCAUGGUAUCUGUUCUAUUAAGUGGGUGGUACCGUGGUGGGGUUUGACUACUAUGACGGGGGGUUCUGAUGUGUCGGUUUAUGUUUCUUUGUUGGGGCUAUCUCGGCCUAUUUAUAUCUUUCCUUACCGAGUCAUGCGUCAAUACGGCUUAAGGCAGACUAUCCCUUUUUCCGAUACAGUACCACCUAAAGUAGCAGCCUUUUCACAAGCACGGGUUCAAGCAUGGGCUAAGUAUUAUGAUGGUCUCCCGCGUUGGGCCGUGGCUACAAAUGGCUUUGUGGGUCUUUCUGAAAACUACAAGUUGUGGAUGAGUUCCGAUGAUAAAGCUGUGAGGACCGAGGCUCGAAAUGGGGAGCCAGCUGAGCUUUUGAUACCUCGUAUUCGGGUUAGAUAUGAGGGCCGUGAUUCUGCCAAUCCUCGCACUCAUGGUAUUAAGACUGUGAAAGCUCGUCCUGAUCGAAAGCGAAAGGAAGUUCCUCCCCGCUCCAGUUCUAGGCCUAAGAAGAUGCCUAACAUGAAGGGGCCUGCCGUUGCUAAAAGAAAUGCAAGCUCUCGCGGAGAUCGUCGCCGGAAUAAUGUAUGGGUUAGGAGAGCUCAGCCACCAGUAGAAACAGUGACUAAUCCAAUUGAUGUUGAUAAUCCUUCCCCCACCAUUGUCUGUGCCCUUGAGGCUGAGCAGGCUAUAACUGUUCAAACUGAGAAUGUUUCUGAAGCCUUGGCAUCUUUGGAAGUUAGUGUUCAGGAGCCGAUUCUUAUGGAGAUUGAUAUAGGGGCAGCGCAGAAGACUGUGGGGGUGGAUCCUGCGAACAUUGCCCUCUACAAGACUUUAUUUGAUGAUCCGGAAGAACUAGAGUAGUGUAGUUCUUGCUAGGGUGUAGGUGCCCUUUAUUUAUUUCAGUUGUGUUUGUUUUUUCCUUCUUAGCACUUUUGUUUUCCUUCUUAUCAUUUUUUAAUAAAGGCGUAUUUUAUUUUUACUUUUUUUUGCUUCUCCCUUUUUUUUCUCUUUUUUUUUAUAUAUGUCUAACACUUUUGCACAAUGUAUAUAUGUUUUUUACUUGAUUGGACCGAAUCCAUAAAUAGGAUUGCCUACGUACCUUUGUUAAAUAUUUUUUAACUUAGAAUCAGGUCGCGCGUAGUUCUGGCUAGAAUAAUUCUAGGAUGCCGAAUUUUAAUAGAUAUGCCCUGAGGUGGAAACAUAUUAUUUAAUUGGUAAAAUGAGUGAAGUAUUAUCAUUAUUUUAGUCUGCUGUUUUUUGCCGACUGAGCUGGAAACAUAAAAAUGAAAUUCCAUGUGUUUUUUGUACGGCUAUUUUUUUUGGUACGCGUAUCUGGAUACGUGCUGUACCCCCCAAGUGUUCGUUAUUUUUCCGUUAUGUGCGGAUAAAAUGACGAGCACUUCUGAAAAGUUUAGGCAGGCAGAGAGUUUCAACGCCCAGGCUGGGGCGUCAAAGAUUUCGGCGCCCAGUCAUGGGCGCUGAAAAUGAUUUCUGGGCGGUCCUUUCGACGCUUUGCUUCACAUGUUCUUGCAUUUAUUUUUUUUCUCUUUGUUUUGUGCUUUACUUUUUUACUCGUAUUAAGAUCAAUUUUGAGGCUAUUUCGGAGGCUUUUUUGACUGUUAGCGUGAGACGCAUUUUUGUCCGGAUUAAAUUUUUCUAUUCGUGACUCGAAACGGUUUUGAGAAUGGGGUUAGUGUGUGGAAGAUAUGAAGAUCUUUGUAUAGGCUUUUGAGUGGGCUGAGGUGCGUGUUGAUGCGGGGGCCGGUGUUAUUUUAAUGAGUUUUUUUUUUUUUUUCUUUUUCUUGAGCAUUAUUUGUAUUGUUUUGAAUUUGAUUUCCUUUUUUUAUUUCUUUGGGUUGCAUGGGUUAGACCCUUAUGUUGUGGCAAUAUGAUAGUGUGGUUCAUUUCGAUGUCACGAUUCAAGACCGAGUGGGCCUUGUUUAUUGGGCCUAGAGUGGGCUGCCUCUUUGUUUUUGUAUUUGCAAGUACAUUUGGUGUUUCUUUAGUGUUAGAAUAAAAGUUUUUAGGAGAAAUCUUACGCCUUUAUUAAUUUGGAAAGUAAGGAAAACACACUGAAAUAAAAUUAACCUAUAUUCUAAGGGGUCUUAGGACCAUCUAAAGCUUUUUUUUUUCUAUCAAUCUAAAGAACUACUAGGCGCUUUUUACUAAGGUGCUCUAUAUGCCUCAAGCCUUGGGUUUAGUCUCGUAAAACUUUGGUCCUCCGCCGGUACUCAUCUUGAAUUCUAUCCCUUUUGUGUUGGCCCACUGACAUGUCUUCACCCAUCCGUUCUCGGCCUCUUCUAGUGUUGAUGCAGGAGAGAUUAACCGGGUUGGAU